UGCUCUGGUGGUUAGUGAGGGUGGUCCAGUGUACCGGAAUUUCUUACGCUCGGACGGAUAAGGAUGCUGAGCUGGUGUAGAGUUUUCAGUUAAUUCAGUAGCUUUCCGCCAUUCGGUCGGUUCGGGAUUCGAAUUUUAAUCGUGUUUCAUGUGGUUCAGCAGAAACAUGUUUGUGGAUAAUUUUUAACACAAUUAUCUCUGGUGUUUGACGUCUGAAAGACAAAUGAAUUAGAAAUGAAGUACGACGAUCGAGGUUCUUGUGGUUUAAAGUGUUGUGUGUUAUAAAUCUAAUAAAAUAAACGGUCCUUCGGAAUCAAGAAAUGUUGAAUCGAACUGACUGAACUUGUUGGAGAUAAUAUGGGGAGCCUAGGAAAUGAAGAAAAUCUUUUUCCGGCAACUAUGGACGAGCAGGGUGCGGAAACGGAGGGCAUUCAGUACGACAGGCUAAAAUACUCCGACCCGGAAGCCCUGAUGCGUCAUCUCUACUACACUUGUAUGGGAAACAGCUCCAGCAGCGGGUCGACUGUAAAACAAGCUGCUAUCAAAAGCUCCAGUCGUAACCAACAGCAACAGCUGUUCUGUCCACGACGUUUCGAUGGGUGGACAUGUUGGGAUCCUCAGCCUGCAGGGACUGUUGCUGAGAGCUACUGUCCCAAUUUCAUCAUUGGUUUCGAUGCUAAUCGAUUAGCAUACCGCGUAUGUCACAGCAACGGUUCCUGGUUUGUACAUCCCGAGUCUGGCAGAGAGUGGUCCAACUACACAAACUGCGUUGACGUUGAUGAUAUGCAGUUCCGACGACUAGUGAACGAUCUCUACAUCGGUGGUUAUUCCGUGUCUCUCGUGACGCUCAUCGUGUCACUGUGUGUAUUUUUCAGUUUCAGGACAUUAAAGUGCACUCGAAUCCGAAUACAUAUUAACUUGUUCAUCUCAUUGGCAUUGAGCUGCAUGUUCUGGAUUAUUUGGUACAAAUUCGUCGUCGAAGACCCGGAUGUAGCAAAUCAUAAUGGGCGUUUGUGUAUCGGACUGCACAUCCUGCUGAACUACCUGAUGCUGGUCAACUAUUUUUGGAUGUUCUGCGAAGGACUUCAUCUCCAUUUGGUGCUAGUGAUAGUCUUCAUCAAAGACGCUAUAGCAAUGCGUUGGUUUUUCGCCGUCGGUUGGGUGAUUCCCAUUCUACUUGUUUCAGUGUAUGCGACCGUGAGAAACGUAUACACACCGGAUACCGAACACUGCUGGAUGGAGGAAAGUCACGCCAUGUGGUUGCUGACGGUGCCGGUUUGCAUUUCGCUCAUCGCCUCACUGGUGUUUCUCAUCAACGUAGUCCGAGUGCUGCUGACCAAACUGAACUCCACUUCACCCAAUCCGGCCCCACUGGGACUGAAAAAGGCCACCAGGGCGACACUGAUAUUGAUCCCGCUGUUUGGGUUGCAGCACAUACUGAUACCGUUCCGUCCGGAUAAAGGGUGCGAGUUGGAGCGCUACUACCAGAUCGUUUCCGCCAUGCUGAUUAGCUUGCAGGGUGCCGUCGUGUCCUGUCUCUUCUGCUUUGCCAAUCACGAUGUGAUUUUCGCCGUCAAGUGCCAGCUGAGCCGGUUCUUUCCGGAGCUCGUGAACCAUCCCUAUCGCGAGAGCUUCAACGGAGGCCAGCAGGUGACGACACACAGCCGGGACAUGGUGGUAUGACUGUUGGGCAUUCGGCGUGGUACGCGGACAACCGGCAGUCACGAGGUAGUUGGCGAGUGCGUCGAGGGAAUGGUUUAGCGAGCAAGCAGCAGACUAAGACGUUGAUAAUUUACCAUACAUGUUGUGUAGUUCUUACAUGUCCAGUUACCUGUUCUGUAUAUAUUUAGGCUAUUCAUUCAAAAAGCCAUAUCCGAAAUUUGGUGUGAACGAAAAUGAACAAGAAAGUAUUAAUAUGUUGUAACACUAUAGAAUGUAUGUCCGUGAUUGUGUUACCAAUUAGUCAGAGUGUACGCGAAAUAUAGCAUUUCUGCUCAUUGUGAUCUGUAAAUCAAAAUGUUACACAUAAUAGAUUUAUUCAGGUGACGUGUUACCAUAGCAAGAUAGUUAAAAGUAACUAAAUUGAUUAGAAACUGACCGAAUGCAAAAUGAAAGGAAAAAUUAAGCCACUAACAACUAUCCUACAUUCUAGAACGAUAGUAAAAUGUGUUAUUUUAUGUAAGACGCAUCCAAAGUAUAUCUUUUUAAUCUUGAAGAAUCCAUGGUAAUUUGAAAACUAUUCCAAUGUAUGCUUUAUUAUUUGUGUAAACUUUUACUUAGUUCGCUGUUAGAGGUUGCCCGAGACAGUUGACACAAUAAACCUAUUACGGCUGGAACAAUAAAACUGAAGGACAAUUUACUUCUGUGAACAAUAAGAUUAUUUCGGAACGAUAAAACCUAAUGAACAAGUGAGUGCAUUUAUUCAAUUCAUUAAAAACAAUAACAAUUAGCACUAUGUGCAACAUGAGAAUACCAAGUGAAACAUUCCAGU